AUGGAAAUCAGCAACAAGUCGGGAUCAUUUGAGAGCGGGAAGACGAUGUAUGAUAAUUUUGAUGACAUGCUUAGCACUGGAAGCAUAUACGAUUCUCAGGAAGGGAGGUCGGACACUGAUUGGGCCGGCCUUGGCGUGAUUCUAGAAGCUUCAAUAGUGGCUGCCGGAGGAUGUACGUGGGUUGUGGAGGAGAUAGCACCUGGAUCACCAGCUGAUCUCUGCGGUGCGAUCAGCAUCGGAGACAUGUUGGUCAGAGUUGACGACGUCAUGGUCGCCGGCAUGCAGAUCGGCGAAGUUGUGAAGCUCAUCAUCGGAAGAGAAGGGUCGCAAGUGAAGUUGGAGUUCUGCAAUGACGCUGGAGUUUACUCUGUCGAUCUUGUACGGGCCAAGGCGGCAAUUGUGAACAGCACGGUGAUGAAUCUCUGUCACAGCAUGUCUAUGAUGUCGCCGUCCUCCUCGAUCCACACGUUGGACUCUCUUUCUUCUCAUUCACAUGCAAACUUGCGCUGUCGAGAGCGAUCGCCUGCGUUGGUGGAGGGACUGGGGAUGAGGAGGAGCAUCGAGGAAUGGAUGGCGACGAGGGACAAGGGGCUUCAUCAGCUGACGGACGACGAGAGGGAUGGAGAGGAGAGGGGGAGAGGAGAGGGGGAGACUAGAGAGACGGUCAAGGGGAUCGAAGGGAGCCUCCGGACUGAACUGAAGGAGUUGGAGGAGAGUAGGAGGGGGUUGGCUGAAGAGUUUGAACUACAAGAGAGGAGUGCGCAGCAUCUUCGGGAGCAGACAGCUUCUACGACCAUUCUCUCUUCUCUUGCUGGCGACAAGGAGAAAGGGAGGGAGCGCGUGGAGGAGCGGGAGGCACUGGAAGCAAGGUUGGUAGCAGCAGAGAGGCUCAACGAGCUGUACCUCCAGGAGAUCUCGUACCUGCGAUCGCAGCUCGCCCACUGCCUGCAGGACGUUCGAGGUGUGCUGGAGCUGCUGGAGGAAGGGAGGCGCGCGCAGGGCCGUCGUGACAUGGUUGAGGAUCAAGUCUUGAUGGACCUCCGCGCCGCUGUAGACUCUCCCCGUAGGAGGACGCGUCUUGGAGCUGUCAACAUAACGAAACAUGUUGAAGAAAUCCUCACAGCGCAGGAUGCGAGCACGAAGAUGAUCAGCGAGAUGAUCGUAGACGAGACGCGACUGAGUGAGUCUCUGUCCUGUCGAGGAGCGGAGGAAGGGCAAGGGAGGACGGCCACAGACGAAGAGCUGAGGAGAGGUGCUGGGGAUGGCGUGGAGGAGGCGGACGAGAAAGAAGUUGAUUACUUCGAUGACUUUGCCCUGUACAAGAUGUUGGAUACAUUGACAAGAGUUUGA